GCGCCCGAGCCGCCGGCGGUCGCGACCCUGCCGCCGUGCGGGGCCCGCCGGGCGCCGCGGCCUGCGGGCGGCCGCUGGUUGGCGGCGGGGGGACACGUGAGGGGGGAGGGGGCAGCGGCGGCGGCGGCAGGAGUUUCCCCGACAGCUGGAGGUUGCGGCGGCGGCUCCUCCUCCGCGGGUCCCCGUGCGAGCCGAGAGACCCCCUGCGCUCCUCCUUAUUGACAAACACACAAAGGGCUGCGCCGGGGCCGGGCUGGGGACGCGUCUGCAGCCGGCAUGGGAGACAAAAAGAGCCCGACCAGGCCGAAGCGGCAGCCGAAACCCGCCUCGGACGAGGGCUACUGGGACUGCAGCGUCUGCACCUUCCGCAACAGCGCCGAGGCCUUCAAGUGCAUGAUGUGCGACGUGAGGAAGGGCACCUCCACACGGAAACCUCGACCUGUCUCUCAGCUGGUUGCACAGCAGGUUCCUCAGCAAUUCAUGCCCCCUACACAAUCAAAGAAAGAGAAAAAAGACAAAGUAGAAAAAGAAAAAAGUGAAAAGGAAACAACAAGCAAAAAGAACAGUCAUAAGAAAACCAGGCCAAGAUUGAAAAAUGUGGAUCGAAGUAGUGCUCAGCAUUUGGAAGUUACCGUUGGAGAUCUGACAGUCAUAAUUACAGACUUUAAGGAGAAAACUAAGUCACCACCUGCUUCCAGUGCUGCUUCUGCAGAUCAACACAGUCAGAGUGGUUCUAGCUCUGACAACACAGAGAGGGGAAUGUCCAGGUCGUCUUCACCCAGAGGAGAAGGGUCAUCACUGAAUGGGGAAUCUCAUUAAAGCUUAAUUCCUCCAGUUUCUUUAGUCUCUUCUCUUCAAAACAUGCGAAUACAUAACUUAUGUCACCUGUUACCACAUUUUUAUGACAGAUUAUCCAUGCACAAUUGGUAUGUUGACUGGAACAUAAUUUAUGCAGUUUAAAAAAAAAUAAAGUGCAGUGGUAGAAACAAUAAUUUAAAUGCAAUCUAUAAAUGCUUACAAAGCAUUUUCAGACCAACUUUUUAAUCUUCAUGUGUAAAGGUGCCAUGAAAAUGUGGUUUGAAUGUUCCUUAUGCAGUGUUAUUGGUAAGUCCAUUUUCACUUUUAGUUUAGUGAAUUCUAACACAACUCUUGGAGUCUGUACUAUUGGCAUGUACUGAAUUUAAUUUUUUAUAACAUAGUUCAAGCUGCCUAAAUAUGUAUUAUUUGAGAAUUGUGAAACAUAGUUAUAUGUAUGCAAGUCAGAGAUCAACUUAAUCAACUAUUGCUGCAACAGAAUUUUCAUAAUAAUUAUCUUCUUAAAAACACCUGCUGGUACUUGGUGUGGUUAAAUAGGAAAAAUGUUAUUAAAUGAAACAUUUGUAUGAAUUUUUGCCAAUGUUUGACACAUUUUACUAGAUUACUGUUACUGAAUUAUGUUGAUGGUUUUACCAAUAUUUUUUCACACUUAAAACACUUAUUGUAAUGUUUACAAGCAAAAUAGAAAACACAUUCUAAGCGUUGAUUGGUUAACCUUACAAUUCAGGUAAAAUACUACAUUUGUCACUGUACACUGGUACUCUAUGUUGUGUAACAAAUAUUUGAACCUCAGAUGACUAUGCAUUUGGCAAAAUCUAACACUUGCAAAUAUGAAAGUUUGAAAAAGCUUUAAAAGUAAUAGAAGUGCAGUUCUCAUUGCUGCUUAGUGCUGUUUCUUUGCCCUAGAUUUAUCUGGUGUCAGAUAGUCACUUAUCAUUCAUUACAAGAAUAUCAGAUGUUGCACAAGAAUAAGGAAUUAACAAUACUAUUACUUUUUUUGUUCCUAAAUAAAUUAAUUUUGAUUUGGCCUAUUAGAAAAUACGAUGCCAUAAAUCAUAUGAAAAAACACAGUCCCCUAUUUUAAGGCAUAAACUGUUGACAUUUAUGCACUUAGCAAUAUGCUGAUACAGAGCAGAUUUACAAUCCCAUCUGGUAUUAUGUAAAAUUACCAAUAAAAUAUUUUUGUGAAUACAGAUUUUGCAUUUUUGUUUACAACCAAUAAGUGUUUUGAUACACACGUAUAAUCCAUGUAUAAAUUUUAAAUUAUAGAUUCAGGUUCAGUACAAAAGUCCAUUUAGCUCCUUUUAGUGACGUAGUGCACUCACACUCCUGUUGUGCUUUUUCAUUAAAAAUAGAUAUAUUUUUAAGCCCAUGUAAAAGUUGGAUGUACCUUCCUGGUAGUGAAUCCAGCCCCAAAUUAUUACCAACAUAUGAUACGUCUUCUUAACAGCUAAAACAAUGGAUUUUUGUAGCCCCUGACAAUUGUGAUGUUUGGUGGUUUCUUGUAGUAAUGUAUUUUUCUGUUUCUAAUGCAGUACUUCUACAGGCACAAUGGUACUGUUCUAUUUUGUAAGAUGCUAGUUGUGAAAUACAGUUAGUUGCAUAAAAUGAAAGUCUGAUGUGAUAUCUGAGAACAUACAUACCUCAUUCCUUGGUGUUGCUGUUUAAACUUUUUAGACAUCAAAUGUUAAUUAUAGGCUAUUUCAGAUGGUUAACUACUGACCUGUUUAUUAUGUAUUCUACUUUAUCUUACUAAAUAGGAUGUCUGUUCAAUGCCGUUACCUGGCCAAAUCUUAGUAUCUGUAAAACAAUGCAUUUUAAGGUUCUUAAAUGUUUUGGGGGCUGGGCUGGUGUUCAGAAUAACAUACACUAGUUUUUAAAAGAGAAAUACCUGCUUCUCAACUUUAUUUUUUUAUAUUUUAUUUUUAGGUGCGACUAUUUACAGAAUAUGCUGAUGUAAGGGAUUACAAGAGAGCUGAAGCUGUUUAAAGUAAGCAGGUCAAUGAUAGCAAAUUUGAUUGCAAGAUGUUUUAUGAAAUGUGUUUCUAAUUUAAAAUGUAAUAAAUACUAACACAUUUCAGAAUUCCUUGCAAACCAGUCAUAAUCUGUUACCAAUAAUUCACUAAAUGGGAACGUAUUUUAAUUAAACUUUAUGUGAAUAAACCACCCAGCACUGCCAACAAGAUGUCUCUCUGUAUCUUCAGAAAUAAGUAGCUUUUUGGUUUGGAAGGAAGGGAGGAUGAAGUGGAUUUAACUCUGAUUCAACUGUCUCUAGAGAAUAAUCUCAGAAAUGUGGUAUAGGUAUGGUUAUAAUCAAAAACAAUGCAGAAAAGUCUCAUUGUUCUUUAUGGAAUAAGACAUAGAAAGGAAAUUUCUAGCCACAAAUACGACACAAGUCAUCUAGGAUCUAAGAACUGAGCUGUGGUGGUUUAAACUGAACUAUUAUGUUGCCAGUGUUUACAUUGCAAUUAUGCCUAUUUUGGCAUUAAAAAAAGUUUAGAUCAUUUUUACCUGUUUGUGAUUAAAGGGAUGUGUCAAUACUGACAGCAGAGUAGACAAAUUCUAAGUAGUGUAUGGCAUUUGACUCUGUUCAUAUUAUAAUUUAAAUUAACUUCACUUUCAUAAUUUGUCGUAAACCUAAAUCCUUUUUCUAACUGUAAAUAUAUUUAAAAGCAUCUUUACUCCAUUUAUAAAAGGUGAAAAUUUAAUGUUGUAAUGUGUUUUGAUUAGCUAUUUUUCUCUGUGAAUGCUCUCUGCAUAAGAACUAUUAUUUGUUAAAUUCUAUAUAUGCCCCAGUCUUCAACAGCCAUACAUCCUGGGUUGUUCAUAAAACGGUGACCCAACAAAGACAAGUGUGAUAGUGUUACAUGUAAAUGAGUUCCUUUAUGUGUUGAUUGAUUGUCUGCUUUCAGAAAAGAAAAGAGGGGAGAAAUGGGAAAAACUGAAGUAUAAAUAGUUCAUUGAUAAAAUGUACAAUAAUUCAGUCUUGUCUCUUCCUAAGUUUGCCACUAAUUGUAUGUGGUAUAAGGAAAAGAACAAAUAUGCAGUUGUAGACUAUGAUCCUUCUUUUUUUUUUUUUCCUGAAAUUAAGUAUGUAUAUUGGAGAUAAAACAAAAGUUGUUCUACUUAGCAGCAGGUUAAAUUAUGCCAUAUAAAAUCUUGAUUCUAACAGAAGUGAUAGUAAAAAUAAUUACAUUAAAAAAACCUUUAAAAUUAUUGAUAUUAAGUCUUGAAAUUAAGAGUAUGACUGAAGUUUUAACCUAUUACAUGUUUCUUGAGAUAUUUUAUGUCUUGUGGCAUGGAUUGUAAAAUUUAUUUUUUUUUUUUUAAUUUUAUAAUUUGUGCACUUCAGGUUUGUUAAUAUUAUGGGUAUUAAAUUUUUAGGUAGCCAUGUAAGAUAGAAUACUUUUUAGAACUAGUUUCCACCAGUUCACUAUAAUGUUCAGGCAGGUCUUCUAAACUUGACACAAGUAUAUGGCUCUGCAUCUGAGACUCUUUAAUUUUCUUCUACUGUCUCAAAAGCCCAACAGUUCCCCACGUUAUGCUGAUAGAUUAUACUUUUGUUACCCAGGAUGGAUUUGGCAUGGAACUGUCUAUUGUGUAAUUUUUAUAUACAUCCAGGGUACUUUACCUGUAUCUGCUUGUUUUUUUUCUGUCACAUGCCUUUAUUUGACUCUGCUGCCUACUAGGGAGUCUGGGUAUACUUCCGUUCAAAUAUCAGAAACCAUUUGGAAACAAAUACAAUUUAAUUUCUCCAAAAGCAGCAGCAGGUGCUGCACUUGUAGUAAAUUUGGCCUGUGGUCACUCAGGAUAAAGACAGGUAAGAUAAAAAGUUAAUGCUGGUUUUGGCUAAUGGACCAGACAAAUACGAUACUUUGCAAAUGCGUCCUUCUAUGUUAAUGUUAAGAUUUGGGUGUGCUGGAAAUAAUGUUUGAGCUUCUGAAGGUUUUUCUUACCUGCAGUUACGCCCCGACUUAUGUCAAAGCAGUCUCAAACUAGCAAAAGCUGUACAGUAAAAUCAGUCAAACUGAGAAAGCUCAGCUGGUUUUCUUUUUUACUAUUGAAGAGACUUAAGAGAUUUGUCUAAGAAAACAGUCAGAUAUUGAGCUUAGUUUGAUGUCUAGAGAAGAACCCAUGUUUUAAUAAGAACUGACAGGAUUAAAUACUAAAUUAAAAUUGGCAAAGUACUUCACAAGUUAAUUACAAAUCAGUGAUUUACAGAAAUUAUUGUAACUUCCAGUCUAGAGUGGAGUAAAUGGUGCAACAGCAAUGGACAGCUGCAUGCUUGCUAGUAAGUGGUAUUAUCCAACAGCAAGUGAUGCUUAAGUGACUUUCCUAAGACAUUAUGCAAGAAGAUUGUGGUAUGUCUGUGAACAAUGCCUAGGAGUCCAGGUGUCCUUCCCUCUGUCUGAACUAUACCAUUGGAUUCCAACAGUGAAAGAAAAUGCAGUGAACAAAUAAAUUAGUUUCAGAUCCUAGAGUCUUAGUAACGCAGGAGCUGUUCAUAGCUUCUGUUUAACUGUAUGAAUGAAAAGUAAUUGAACUGCCACUGUACAGUACUUAAUCCCCCAGGAGGUGCUUUCAGUCCUGGUCUUGCCCCUUUUAUUAGAGAAAACAGACAGAACUAAUCUGAAAGAACUUUCUGUGUCCACUGACACAGGGGACUGUAAGAGCAGAUAGUUUAAUGGGCAAAAUCAUAUUCCAUAGAUCAAAUGAGUACUACUAAGAAUGACCACAAGAGAUUGCUGUACCAUUUGGGGUUUGUUAAACGACAAAAUGGUGACAUUAUUUAAUAAUUCUUUGUCCCGAAUGUUUAAAAAGAAAAUGACCGCCAGAAAAAAUAUAGUUCCAGGAACAAUAUAUUUGUUUGUAAACAAUUUAAAUAAUAGUUCCAAGAAGUUAAUUGUUUUGUAGAAAGUAUGGCAUAUCUAGACAGAGGUAGGAACAUCUGAGCAAGAAACCCUUCAAGACUACAUCUUUAGGAUCUAGACCACCUGGAAAAGUGUAAUCUUUUAAUUACACUGUUCUCUGUGCAGAAAUACUGAUCUUGGUCAAUGUGCUUGCAAAGCAAACAAGCUCCCUUAACCUUUAAGAUUUUAAUACUUGUGGCUUUAGACAAAUGGAGCUCUAAUUUACAAUGGAGUUAGUGAGAAGACAACUGAGGAAAAGAGUGUUAAUCUGUUUUUUGGUAACCUGCUAACUAUGUGCUCAUAGUUUUCCUCUUCCAUGUGAAGAAGCAAAACUAUACAAAAAUAUAUAGAAGAAGGAAAUUUAUGUAACCAGGACUAUUGAAAUUUGACUCCUUAGGGCCUUCCUAAGCUCACUAGCUUAUACAAACUACAAAUUCUGUUUGGUUCAAAGGCAGGUGCAGAUGCUUUGUCACUUGAAAAAGGAGGGAGUUGCUCGGUCACUUAGCAUCUGUUAGCAAGUGGUCAGGCCCAUUCUACUUCCUGAAUACCCACUUUGGGAAUACAGAAAUCUAAUAUGCUAUUUAUAUGCAUCUAAUAUAAAAGUACCAUCCAUGAAUAACCUAUUUCAAGCUGAUCCUUCUUUGCACAGAAUAAAUGAAAAUGCUUCAAUGCCAAGCCCAGUUUCUGAUAGCACAGAUCUCUGAGCAAGAAAAUCUGCCAUCUCUCUGAUCAUCUCUUACAGUAACAGCUUUCAGCUAUUAAUUAAUGUCAGCAAGAGAAUCCUCUUAAGAUUACAUCUACUUUUUGAGUUUCACUACUCUCACCUCUGAAGAAAACACUUCUGAUUCCUUCUCUUUUUUUUUUUUUUUAAAGUACAUCUAUAAUAAAAGUGGAUGCAGUGAAUUUGAGAUAAUUAUUUUGCCUGCAUUUGUAAGUGGGGAAUUUGACUGCUAUUCCUAGUUUUUCAACUAUAUCUUGGUUUCUGUAAGACCAACAAUGGUAUGUGGAUCUUAGAGAUCAUCUAUUAAUGUUGACACCAUUGUCCUUCUUUCUAUAUAAUUGGCAUACUGAACAGAUUCUUGCUCAGCAGACCUACUUACACCAAUCCUGUACUAUUCAAGCAUUCUGGCUGAGGUAGCUGGCAUUUUGGGAUGCCAGUUACUGGUCUUCAUGUCUGCAUUUCUGCAAAGGUUUGAUUCUCUUGCUGGGUGACUUCCAAACAUGGAAAAAUAAGUAAAACACCUUCCAACUGAUGGAGGCAUAAUGGUUCCAAGGAACUUGCAGUACCUGGAGGCUUUUUGAAAGGUGGAAGAAAAUACUCUCAGUGCCAGCUGGAGAAAGAGACCCAAGGAGCCUGCACAGACACUGAGCACUUUCUAAGCUUUCCUACGGAAACUGAAAAUGUCAAAAACCUUCAAAAACCCUCAGUCUGACAGAAAGGCAGAGGAAUAGAACAAAGAAAAUGUUGUGUUGUUUGGGUUUUUUUUAUGUUGUUGUUGUUCUUGUUGUGGGUUGGUUUUUUUUGUUUUUGUUUUUUCAGAAUAAUACCCAGAAAAGCCACUAUAAAAUGUCAUCUUGGUGUGCUUAGUAUUCCUUUCUCUGUGUAGUGUAUUGGAAGUAGGCAGUGUCCCACGCUUCUUAAAGGUGUGCGUUGCUUUAAAAUUCUUGAUACCUGUUGGUUCAGUGAUUUUUGGCCUAAAGAUAGAUGUAGGGUUUUGUGAAUUCCAUUUUAAAUACCAUGAGCAUUUCUCUCUUGGGUACAGAUCAUUUACUGAAAGGGCAGUAGCUUUGAUUAAAGAUCUAGUCGGGAGCAAAAUAGAUUCUUCCUGUCCAUUUAGACACUACCAGUUUUAAAGGGUCUGAUUCCUGGACUACUAGCAAAAGGGUAACUUAAUGUUGGAAGGGUAAGAAGAACCCAGACUAGAACAGAUGUGGCUUCUGAAAAGAGUUUUGUGGCCAGUAGUUCAUAUGGUUGUUUUCAGUGAUUAUUUCAGACUUUAGCCCUUUAAUCUUGAAGCAUUGGUAGAGCAUCCUCAUAGACAAAUCAAAACUACCAACACUGUCAGAUGCUCUUAAUAUUAACUAAGUGCCUUAAACAGAGCAUCACUGAGGCAAUGGUUUGAUUGAAAGGAAGUUUGAUAAAAGAUUUACUACUCUGGAUGGAGCCACAGGAUAUCAAUUGUAACCAGGGUGAUGUUCCUGGUUAUAAUACACCAGAAUCUUCGAUUUCGUUGGUGAUAGAAGUAUCUAAUAAGGAACAGUCCAGAAAUUUCUGAGGCUUUCAAUUUGUAAAACAUACAUUCUUUGGAGGAGAUUUUUUCUUCUAGUCAGCUGUGAUAGCACACUGGAAUAUCACAGAAGUGAAUUAAACUUGUGGGUAUUUCUGGAUGCUUUCACACUUUUCAGUUUCUCAGUCAAGGACAAUAUUACCUUUCUUGGGAAUAGGUACAGAAGUUGGUUUUAUUCACAGGGUUUAUGUUUAUCCAACAGUAGUUUUAAAGGAUUUUAUUGUCAGAUAAAGGGCUUGUUAUUUUGAAAAUAAAAAAUCUUACCUGCCAGGUGUCUUCCCCAAAAUGAGUAAGUGCCUUUUCUGUUCUGACUCUUAGAAGUAUUUACUUUGACAGAUUGAAUCUGAAUGUCCUGGAUAAACCAACUAUUAUGUACUGGGUGUAACCAAUGGCUUGUAAUCUUUUCACUGAAAGAACAAGACAGAAUGUAAGCCACUUGAACUAUUUUGAGACCUGAUGUUAUCAGAAUUUUUAUAACUGCUAUGACUAGUAUACUUCUAAGAUGUAACUUUUCAGGAACUUGGUAUUGAUAGGAAAUAAAUAUUUAUUAAAAGAAGUAUAUAAAAUAAAUAUUUAUUUACUAAAUUAAGACAAAAUGUUACACCAUGGGGGGAAACAGUCUUGCUGUUAGCAGUCCUGACUACUGAAUGGAAAGUAAAACUGAGGCCCUGAACUCUGACUGUUAAAGAAUGCACAAUAUUUGGUGAGUGAUUAGGACUGUGAAUCUUAGGUCCACAUUCUAAUAAAGUAAUUCUUCCUGCCUAAGUUUUUGCCAAUUCUCAAGCAGAAAAGAAAGCAUGAGCAGAUAUCAGUAAGAGGCCCUCUGGUUUUAUUGGUGCUGCUUCCUAACUAGAGGAUUUUUUUUAUUUGUUUUAUUUUUUUUUUAAACUUCGCUCAGGACUGGUACAGCUGAAAGUAUAUUUUCCCUUAAUUCUUAAGCCUAGACUUUGAAUGGAGUUUCUCUGAGACACUUUUGUAGUGAAAUCGUAUUCCCUACAAACAUUGAAGACAAAAAUAAACAUCUCUGUGAACAAAA